AUGGAUAUAAUAGAUCCAAGUCUCCUUUAUGCCCUAACCAUAAAUAUAACAAAAAAAAACGAAGAAUUAAAAAAGUUGCUUGGAGAUUAUGCAAUGGUAACAAGAAAGAUAAAACUAGGAAACCAUUCUACGGCCACAACACAAGAAUAUCAUUACAAUCAAAAUCUUGAAGGUGUUAGAGGAUAUCCCAUUCUUGAAUGCUUAGCCCUUACACACAAUUUUUGGUAUUUCGUUUCUCUUUUGGUACCAAAAAAUUCCAACGCUAUUCCUAGCGACUUACUGGAAGAAUGGAAUAAUAAAAGAGACAAGAUGAAAACUUCAGUUAUAGCAUUUGAGCAUGGAAUAUUCAAUGAAAAUACCGUCAAGUUUAAAGGUGUUCAAACAGGAGCCACCAGCAUAGGGUGGAAAAAAAAUUGUUGA